AGGUUUAUGCCAUCUUGCUGUCUGCCUUUAUUCAUCUAGUGAAUCAUGAGAAGCUGAACAUUGGAUUCUUUCAACAAUGACUACAUGAUGUGACUCUAGCCUUACCCUAAUAGACAUGCAAAUAGUAAUAACAGAUCAGGAAUCAGUUUAAAUCCAUACAUUGGCAAUAGUCCAUUGACUUUCUCAUCUUAGGAACUGAUUGUAUAUGCUAGAAUUGGAAUGGAUGGGGCAAAUGAGGUAAAGGAGAAACUGUUCAAAGUUAUUAUUGUUGGAGAUUCUCUAGUCGGGAAAACUACAUUUGUUCACAGAUAUGUUAGUGGCAAGUUUGAUCCAGGCUUCAAGACAACUGUUGGUGUUGAUUUUGCACUAAAGAAGAUAGAGAGAUCCAAACAGGACAUUGUGAGGCUUCAGUUAUGGGACAUUGCAGGUCAAGAGAGAGUGAGCUCAUUGACAAGAGUUUACUACAAAGAUGCUUCAGCUUGUGUUAUUAUGUUUGAUGUUACACAACGCAAGACAUUCAACAGUGUUAUGAAUUGGAAGAAUGAUGUUGAAAAGAAAGUGACAUUAUCAAAUGGAACCCCUGUUCCCUGCCUUUUACUUGCCAAUAAGAUUGAUCUACCUUCACCUGAUGUGAGAGAAGAAGAGAUCAAAGAAUUAUGUCAUAAAAAUAACUUUAUAGGAUGGAAUAAGAUUUCAGUCAAAGACAACACCAACAUCGAUCAAUCUAUGAACUUCCUUGUUGAGGAAAUGCUAGUGCAGACUUCUAUGGCAAGAGAGUUAUCCUAUGCAGAAGGACGGAUAGACAGUGAUGGUAGGAUACAAGUGCAAUCUGAGAACAAGUCUAGGAUAUCAUGCUGCUCUUAAUAUACAGUGUGCAAGUUCUGAUAUUGUAGAGUAUAUCAUGAUGAGGAAACAUAACAUAUUGAAAUAUUGUGUAAAUUAGAAACUAUACAAAGACUACAGCUCUUAAAAUGAUUAUUAAGACCACAUGCCAAAACUUUGUAUCCACAAUCUGAGUAGGAGAUAUCUUGAAAAGAAUGCGCACACCCAUGAUGGGGAUGUAGUGGCAUUUGAUCCAGGGGGAUGAGAUGAUCUAUCAUAUUGUUCUUGAUAAUAGAAGUUGCAUUGAGGUGAUUGUAUGUCCCAUCUAUCUCACUGAUUGGAAUUCUGGUUGCACGUUGUACAAACCCCGAUGCCCCAUAUAUUUGGUCUACAAUCAUCAUAAGGUGGCAGUAGGGUCCUGCUAAUUAUGAUAGUGGCCCCCCCGGGGAUAGGUGGCAUAUGAUGUGUCAUAUGUUUACUGCAGAGUUGUACAAAGUCAUAGAUUCAUCAUAGCCCUUAACCCUAUCUAGCCUUGGGUAUUUUGGAAAAUCAUAUAGCGGGGGGGGGGGGGGGGGGGGGGCUCGCAGGCUCCACUUGAGAUCUCAGACCUCAACAGCGCGAUCAUGCUGAAAAUUGGCAUGCACGUCAUCUGGGACAUAAUCUACAAAAUUGUAUUGUAAUUUAUUUCAUGCAAAUUGCUAUGAAUUGAUUAUGCUAAUUCAUGCAUAUUCAAAAUCAUACUUUUUCUUCUAACUCCCUAAAAUAGAGCUCCAAAUGUUCUAAUUUUUGGUGUAGAAACUCUUUGUGGUGUUCUUACCAAAUUUACGUUAAAAAAUUGCGAUAUCAGAUAAAUUUCUUAAGUAUUUUAUUUUAUUUUUUUUGCAAUUUCUUAUGUAUUGUUUCAAUAAACUUUAUGAUGGACUGUUUUGAGAUCAUAAACAACAAAAACUAAAUCGAUUUAGACCAGCAAAACUAAACAUGAUUUCUACUACCAGGAUGAUCAACAUCUUUUGUAUUAUUAAACAGGUAUUCUUGUCCAUUUUUGGUCAAACUGCACUAUUAGAUAUAUCUAGUGCAGUAUUUAUUUCAUUCCAAACAAUUUUUAAUGGAUAUGCCAAAGAUAAUGUGCAUAAAUUGAAAAGUGUUUGUGAUAUAAUUGAAUGAAGUGUUGAAGCUGUUGGAAAUACAUUCCGAUGGAAAGUAGUUCCAUUCUAUUGAAUCUUUUUUUUGUAAUAUCAUGUUUAAAAAAAAAAUAUUAAUCAUUAUAUCUCAUGUUCAUUGUUAAAUCUGAUAUUAGUCAAAGGCUGUGAUUAUUUGUUUGAGCAUAUAAGAAUUACCAUUGAUGUGGAUCUCUUCCCCAAAUAUCAAUGGAAUUUUCUGUCUUCUCAAGUGAUUAGGGAUUCUUGUUCUUUGCUAUUACCUAAAGUAAUGACAGACAAUAUUUUGUAAAUAUUUCUGCCCAAAAGAAAACCAGGUGUUUAUGAAUUUUAUAUUGUUUUUUCUUCUAUGACAGUAAAAUGUGUAAAUGUGUAAAAUGUGUAAAGGUAGCUUGCAGUCAUUAUUGUACAGUAUUGUACAAGGAUUUAAAUCUAAAGGUAUCAAUUAUGCUUGAUACUGAGUUUCUGAAACAGUACUGAAAAUAUCGUUUGAAGUGCAAUGCGAUUUAAUAAAACUCACUAUGUGUUGAAAGAAUGUACAAAAGAAUUGUUAUCUGACAAUGAACAGUCUUAGCAAAACUACAUUCUAGCAUAUACAAAGGAAUAGCUUUGAUGUGAAAUAAGGGUACAUUUUAAAUUUCUUCUAUAUUUUUCUCAUACUGUACACCACACAUUACAAUGAAUUAUGUAACGAAGUAAAAAGUAUCAAUUGAAAAUAGAAAUCACUGAAAGAAUAUUGUAUGAAGAUAUAACUUUAAAAUUGUGCAAUAAGGAACGUAGAGAACCAUACGUUUGCCCGUAAAAUUUCGGUUAAUAGUGCCCGAGAACAUGUAUGUGAAUAACUAUUUUUUAAAUCACCCCUUUUUUGAGAACUGAGCUGCCCAUCGUGCAAGCCUCUCAAAAAUUGGCAUAAUAGUGUAAAUUAUGCUAAUUUAUGCAUAAAUCACUUUUUCUCUCACUUGCUAAAUAAAGUUCCUAGAAUGCUCA